AUGGCGUCGAAGCGAAGUAUCACCAUCGACCCGUCGCGGAAGCAAGCUCCGACCCGAGACAGGCCCUCGACGACAUUGAAGGAACAUCUCCCCCCAGCCAAAUCGAGCAAAUCGCAUCCGACACCGACGACGCUCGAGGAAUGCAAUGCCACGCUCUUCUUCGUCGGCACUGCCACCACGGUCCUCGAAUGGCAGGGUAUUCGAUUGAUGACUGACCCGAAUUUUCUGCACACCGGCGAUCACGUCCAUUUGGGCCCCGGUGUCACAGGCACGCGCCGAACCAACCCGGCGGUAGAUUUACAUGACCUUCCACACAUUGAUCUCGUCCUGUUGUCGCAUUACCACGCCGACCAUUUCGACCAGGAAGUCGAAGCGUCGCUGCGCCGUGAUCUCCCCAUCAUCACUACACCCCAUGCCCAUUCGCACCUGACUUCCAAGGGCGAUAGUGAGUCAUUCACCUCGGUCCAUGCGCUGGAUGCGUGGGAGCACAUGUUCGUCAAAAUUAAAGUCGAUGUUGCGAUGAGAACGGGCGCGGACACCCCCUCCUUCAGCUCACGACGGCAGCAACCCUGCCUCCAUCUGACCGGUAUGCCAGGAAAACAUGUCGGCGAUGGCCUCCUCUCCACAGCCAACGAUAUCCUUGGCGCGGUGCCCCCAACCAACGGCUGGAUGCUGGAGCUCGGGUAUGCUCCGACCUCAGACAUGGACGCUAGCACAACAGAUGAUGAAGCCUUCAUCUGCAGUUACCGAAUCUACAUCUCUGGCGACACACUGUAUGUGAAAGACCUGGAAAGGAUCCCGGAGCUGUACACACACGCGGGCAAGCCGAUCGAUCUGAUGCUCAUCCACCUCGGCGGCACGACAAUUCCAGGGCCACACAUACCGUUGCUCAUGGUCACCAUGGACGCAAAGCAGGGGGUCCAGUUGGUCCAGUUGGUGCGGCCAGAUCUGACCGUGCCGAUCCACUACGACGACUACGACGUCUUUCUCUCGCCACUCGCCGACUUCAAGGCCGAGAUGUCUAAAGCCGGCCUCGGCGACAAAGCCGUCUACCUUGACCGUGGCGAUGAGUUCCGGUUCCGCGUGCGAGACCCGUGA